AUGGCAAGCCCGAAUUUAGAGGGUUUAUCAAUCAACGAUGAAGGAGAGGAGGAUGGAUUUUGUUUUGAUGCGGAUGAUGGAGGAAAGGAGGCGGUCGAUCUCCGAUGGUGUCUAAUUGGGAGGUUUUUGUGUGAUAGAGCAAUACACGUGAGGUCGAUGAAGGCGAGGUUAGGAGAUUUGUGGAGACCGGUGAAAGGUGUUACUAUCAAAGAGGCUAAGGAUGGGUUGUUCCUAUUUCACUUUGCUCACAAUUUAGAUAUGGAGGCUGCGAUUAAAGGCGGACCGUGGACUUUCGACAGUUAUCUUCUGAUCCUUGAGAGGGUACGGCUAGGGGUACAUAUCGAGAAUAUUCCGUUGUUCCAUGUUGAUUUUUUGGUUCAAAUCCAUAAUCUUCUGACGGGUCUGAUGAUGGAGAAGGUGGGCAGAACAAUGGCAAACUUCAUUGGAAGCUUUGUGGAAUAUGAUAAAAACAAUAACACUAGCUUUUGGCGACAGUAUAUGCGGCUGCGAGUUAGGAUCGAUGUGAGACAGCCAUUGAAGCAGCAAACUAGGGUCAAAAAUAAAGGAGGAAAAUGGUGCAUAGUCAAAUUCAAGUAUGAAAAACUCAGCCUAUUUUGUUUUGUCUGUGGCAUUCUGGGACAUUCAGAGAAUAAAUGUGAAAUUAGAUUUUCCAUGGAAGAAGAUGAUGGUUCAAGAGGAUGGUCAAAUGAUCUAAGGGCGGAUCUUCGACGGUCUGGUGGAGGAUCGUCAUCCAAAUGGCUAAAGGAAUAA